CCCUCGGCCUCCGCCAUGGCGAGCAGCAGCUGCGCCGGGGCUGCGCUGGCGGCGAAUCUGAAUGCGGUGAGGGAAACCAUGGACGUUCUGCUUGAGAUUUCAAGAAUUUUGAAUACUGGAUUAGAUAUGGAAACUCUGUCUAUAUGUGUACGGCUCUGUGAACAAGGAAUUAACCCCGAAGCUUUAUCAUCAGUUAUUAAGGAACUUCGCAAGGCUACUGAAGCAUUAAAGGCUGCUGAAAAUAUGACAAGUUGACUUUCUGAAGAAAUCCUGAUGAGAUAUGUCAAGCUCUGCAAGAGGAUUGAAGAUCAAUCGCAUUGUAGUCAAGAAUGUACAAUGAAAUCACUGCAUGUAGCAAUGUGGAAACAUUGUCCUUUUUAAAAGAAUUAUAAAACAAUAGCUUUAUAAAUCAGUGGAAAGUGGCUUACAGAGAAAACUAUCAAUUGUGUUUACACCACAUCUUAUUUUUUUUUUUUUAACAGCUCUAAUGCUUUGGCAUUGCUGUGUUCAUAUUUAUGUAUUCCUUAUUUAUAGCUCUGAUGGCUUUAAUGUUCUAAGCAGUCUGUCUAUCAGAUGUGCACAUCUGCUGUUGCCUGGCUGAAGUAUGGUGGAACCCAUCAGUAGUAAUGUUGUAGUUAGACUUAUUGACAUUUCCAUUAUAAACUUUAAUUUUGAAUUGUUUAUGCAAAAUAAUUGUGGGUUUAUGUUGUAUUAGGCUGAAAGUUGACAAAAUCUCAGCUGCCGUUUGUGGAUUUUAAUUUAGAUUCAUUAUGCAUAUAAGAAUCUUGUUUUUUAUAAGAGCAUGAAAAAACAUUCGUUGUAAACUGCUCUUUAACAAAGAAUAUUGUUUUUUUAAACAUAAAGUUUGACUGUCAGUUAAUAGUGUGAACCAGAUCAUACUUGUAUUGAUUGAAAAAUAAAACUUUGAGAAACUUCGAUUUUAAAAGUAAUGACAGUGCUUAGCUUAGUAUUAUUUAUCAUUUGAAUCAUUUAAAUUUAGUGAGAAUAUUAAUUGAGAAUGUCUUUCUUACUAAGUUUUAUACUCUGUACAUCACUGCCUUAAAAAAAUAACGCAUAAUGAAAAUUCCAACAUGAAAAAUCUUUUUUACUUUUGUUGCAUGAAAAUAAUUUGAGUGCUUACUUAAUAUACCUCGAGUGGUUAUCUAGCAUAUCACUAACUGGAUAGUGUCAUUCAACAAAUAAUGAUAUUAUUUUCUGAAGGAAUAAAGAUUUCCAGUCAUUAAACAAACACUAAAUAAUGAAGUGUUCAGUAUCAGGAAUUCUAAAUAUGCCUUUCUAAGAUCAUUUUUGUGUGUCAUUAUUUUUACCUUGAAAGUUUUAACUAAUCAAAGUGAUGGUUCAAAAUAAAUUUUAGAAAACAGCAUAGCAUGGAUUCUGUUCCUAUAACAGAAUCUCAGUGGAAUAUUUUUCCCAAGACUAAUACGAAUUUAAUCUGAUUUUUUAAGACUUUGUUAACCUUCAUUUAAAUGAUAGUAUAGGAACUUCCCCAGCAGUCCGGUCCAGUGGUUAAGACGCUGCUUUCCAAUGCAGGGAGUGUGGGUUUGAUCCCUGGUCAGGGAACUAAGAUCCCACAUGCUGCAGGAUAUAGCCAAAAAUUUUAAAAAAAAGAGAGAUAGUAUAAGCAUAUACUCUAUGGUAGCAUUUUUUGUUCUUCAGACAAAUCUAAGUGACUUUAAUAAGGCUUAGUUAUAUUUAAUGGCAACCUUCUGUUCUAUUUUAAAAAUCUAGUCCUUUGACCACUUUGGCUUUUUGAAUGCGUGGCAUCUUUACCAAGUGCGCUGAAGGUCUGUUAUAGGGAGAACUGGUUGGGAGACAGUAAAAGUUUUGAUUAUAAGUCAUCUAUUUGAUUAAAAAACAUUGCAAAUACUGCAUGUUGUUAUUUAUGUAAAAUCAGAAAGAGAACAGUCUUGUCAAGCUCCAAAAUUUGUAUAUACUUUUAGGUCAUAAGAGUUAAUGGUUUUAUUUAUGACUUUGUAGAUUAUGUUAUUUAUGUAUGAAAGCAGGAACAUACGUUAAGGAGUUAUGUUUACAGAGGACUUUUAAUGUGUUACAUUUCUUAAAUGUAAACAUUUUUAAUGCAUACUUAAGUAAUAUUUAAGGAAACCAAAUGAAGUAAUGAUAUAAUUGCAUUGUGCAUGUUGUCAUUGUCAAAAAUAAAACCAUUUUGGUGGUAUCG